AAUUUGAUUGACGCGUGUGUAUCAAAUACAUGGAUGUAUGGCGCUUUCCACGACACCCUGGACCAGCUGACUGGUAUCGAAAAAAGAGAAUUGUUAGCCCAUCUUGCUGGCGACUGCGACCCGUUCCGCAUGAUGAGCAUAAAAAAAGGUCCAGGUACAUGGGAAUGCCCUAAUCUUAUACCAAGUGCCUUCAAUAAGCGGCUCGUAGGUUGCGUCUGCUACCCUGAAACCAACCACAUUGAGUACAUGUGGCUCCAUCAGGGCAUACCGAAGCGAUGCGGUUGCGGUUACUGGUUCGAAUUGUGUCCUAUUGCGCCACUAUAAUUGUUAUUAUUUGUAUUAAUUAUUUCAUUCACAAUGUUGUUUGUAAGAUUUACCCGCAAAUUCGGCUGUAAUGUAGCCGACUAUAAAUUUAGUCAGGGAAAUUGAAGAUUAUAGCAUUUUAAUUAAUUUUCAUACAUUAACUAUAACAAAAAAUAUUUAAAAUUGUAACCACUUUAAAAGAAAAUGUAAUAGAAAAGUUUUCUUUCUCAA